AUGUCCACACACGUCGCAGCACUUGAAGCACUAAGCCAACCAGCCAACAGCUGGGAUGCAUGGCUUUUAACAAUUAUCCUGAGAAAACUUGACCAUUCAAAAAGUCAUGAAUGGCAAGUGCGAAGAACCAACACAGAGUUACCGAAAUACAGUGAGCUGCAGCAAUUUCUGUCAAGCCGUUGUGUUGCAUUGGAGAGUUCGGAAACACUCCGGAACACCAGCGAUGAAGUAAAACGUAAACCAAAAACCAGGAGUUCCUAUUUAAAAAGCAACGCUCAUAAUCACCCUAGAAAGGCUCUUUACACGGCUAAUCAUAACGUGAAGUGUGAAUGCUGUGCAGGCGAACAUCGGAUAUACGCAUGUAGCAAGUUCAAAGAAAUGCCAGUGGGAAGCAGUGUACAGAAGGUUCGAGAGGUAAAGUUGUGCUUCAACUGCUUUUCAAACAUGCAUACGGCGGAUGUGUGCAAGUCAAAGUACAGCUGCCGCGUGUGUAAUGGUAGACACAAUACGCUACUACACUACGAAAAGCAAGAACCUCAAGCCACGGUGAAUGAAGAAGCUACCACUGAAAGGGUAGACAAUCCAAGCGCGAAGGUGUUUUGUGCAGCUCAAAGAGUUAAUCAUGUCUUCCUAGCAACCGCUAUAGUCUCAGUGCUGGACUGUUAUGGGGAAAAAAGACCAUGUCGAGUAGAAUUGGAUAGCGGGUCGCAAAUAAACUUUGUCUUGAGGAAAAUGGCCAAGCUAUUAAAUCUUGCUCGCGAGAAAGGCGAACUACCAGUAACUGGAAUAGGAGCUAACCGGAUUCAUUCAACUGCGUGCGUUACCAUAGAUGUAUUUUCCAGAAUAAAGGAAUUUCAAGUUGCUUUAGUUUGUCUCGCAUCGCUGGCUGAAGCAGAAAGGCUAAGAUUUGGAUAA